UGCUAUCGUUUUUUUAAUAAAAAUUUAAUAAUGCAUUCAAAGAACUUGUCGCGUUCGUAAUUAAUAUCUGCUGAAUUCGACUUUCGUUCAAGCUCAUUAGAUCAAUGCCGAGGUCUUGCUGAUGUACCGAUAAGCCCUUUAUUAAUUGUAACAUAAAAAGUAUUGGAUGUAUUUGAAUAUAAUUUAGAGAAUUGUAAUGCGGUUAUGAAGCAUAAACUCUUUGUAGAACAUAAAUGUUUGUUAAUUUAAUCUUGAAAAUUUGGCAACAUUGUUGAAUUCACGGCAACCCUGGAAACUGCAACUCUACCUGUGUUGCUGAAAACAGCUGAAUAUAUAAGUUGGAUAACGUUGAAUUUACAAAAUUCAAAAUGGCAUUUUUCGGUCUUGUGUGAAAUCUAUUUGAUUAUUUGAACGCCAAUAAUACACAUUUGUUAAGUAAAAUUUACUACAAAAAGACUGAAAAAUACGCCAUAACAUAAUUGUCAAUAUUAUAUUGGCUUAAAAAGAAAUUUUUAUAGUAAUAAACCGACGAUUUGUUAAUAAGAAAAUGCCGCGUACGAAGGUUUCCAAGUCUACCAAACGCUUUCGUGAAACGUCUAGUUGUGAAGAAAAAUUGCGGGAGUUCGAAGCAUCAUUUGAUGGCUAUUUGCACGCAUUAGAAUUAAAAGGAAAAGCGCAAAUAAAAUCUAUUGAAGACAAGUUUUAUAUGUUACUAAUGGGCACAGAUUCCAAUGUGCUUGAUUUACUAAUGGGAGAUGUACUGUCUUUGAAUUUAACUAAACCUGAAGAUUACAAAAAACAUUUGAAUACUUUGGCGGGAAGCAAUAGCGCUGGAGUGAAACAAACCUCGGGAAAGCAAUUAAACCCAAAUGAUGAAGGUUACCUUACAGAGGAUAGCACAAAUGGUGGCAGUUCAGUUGGUGUCUCAACCUCAAUUUUAAGUGCAUAUAGUCGGGCAUCAAUUAAACAACAGCAACAGCGUGGUCGUACUCCUGGACCACUAAGUUCAGCUAGAGCACGGCGUCCGCGUCGUAGUCGAUCAGCUUGCGAUGAUUUAGUGCAGGUGUCGACAAUAAAAUCUUCAACAAGUUCCUCUACCGUUAUGGAUACUCGUAUAUCGCGGAGUAAAAUGCGCACACCGACCGCUACUCGUUCCAAGGCUUUAAGUGCUGAUCGUUCAUCACAAGUCUGCGGACAACAGUUCUCAAUGACAAUGUCGGCGUCAUCUCCGGCGGCAGCAUUUUUACGUUGGCCGAAACCUGGUGAGGUGGUAUUGUCCAAAUGUGGUAGUCCCGUAGUUGCUCAUGUGAUGCCUGAUAAAUUUGCCAAUGUAAAUAUACCUACAAAGAAUGGUGUGUUUUCAUUGCGACCAAAGAAACUGGACGAACUUAAAUCGGACAUCAUAGAUGCUAUUGAUGCAGACACACUUAGCCAAAUCAAAACAUUACAUGAUAACUUAAAUUUGAUUAUGAAAAUGGCUGAUGGCUCCUCAACGAAAUAGAGCUUAUCAUUCAAUUCAACUAUUCAUUUCAUUUAUAUAGUAUUACUUACUUUCUUCACUAAAUAUAAUGUAAACAUUAUAAUUAACUUAAUUUAUCACAUUUUACACAGAACUAUUCCUUUUGUAAUGAAAUUGUUGAAACAUAUCUAAUAUACAUAUGUGGAAUCUUGUAAACACAUUGUAAUAGAACGAACUUUUGGCGUAUCAAGAGGACAAAGUUCGAAAGGAUUAUCAUCCUUGUUAGAAACUUGUGAAUAAGAUAUGUAAAAAAAAAUUCUCGUGUAGAAAAAUAUUUUAUUUAAAUCGCAUAGAAAAGCGUUAAAACCAAUAACAUUUUAUGAAACAAGUUCUUUUAAUUAUGUAAAAUUUAAUAAAUAAUAAAGCAGUUAAAAUAAAUUUGAAA